AUGGGAACACCAACAAUACCAUGGGCGACUAUUAAUAAAGUUCGCACCACCUUGAUACUUGUAUUUCUAUUACUGACACCCUCCUGUCGGGGUGAACAGAAACAAAAAGUACCAUCAUCACCACGGAACUUCAACGCAGAGCUAACCAGUGCAACUUCGGUCAAACUGACAUGGGACGCUCCAGCUGCCGCCAAUGGUGCUCUUCUCGGUUAUUACGUCUACCUGGAUCGAAUUAUAAAUGGAGAACCAGCAGUUGACAAAAACUCGAAAAAGCGGAUGGUGAUGAUCAAAGACUCGACGAAACGAUAUUGGGAACUGGAUAAUCUUGAUCCAAAUACCGAGUACUCAUUCAGACUGAACGGUUUUAAUCGAAACGGAGAUGGAGAGUUCACCGAAAGGAAGAAUGUGGUUACUCAGGGAAUUCCUCCGGAAGCACCUGAAAUCACCUCGGUCUCAUUAGAUCGUGACGAGCCACCAGUUGUUUCGAGAAUCGAAUGGAAGAUGCCAAAAAUGAAGCCCAACGAAACACCAAUAGAAAAGUACAAUUUGUGGUUGCGUCCGCAAGGAUAUCCGGACUCGUACAUCAAGUCAAAGACAGUAGACGGAACCGAUUUGUCAACAACUAUUUCCGGCCUUUGGAUGGGAGUCGUGUACGAUGUCUUGUUGGGAGCUGAAAAUCGCGAAGGACGAUCUCAAAACGCUACGGAAACUAUCGCGACGCCCGUUGGAAGUCCCGAUGGAGAGCCAAUCGGUGUGCAAUACGAAGUGAUGAAGGGAAAGAUUGUUGUCUCUUGGAGACCUCCUCCAGAGGAAAAACGAAAUGGAAACAUCACCAGCUACAAAGCGAUUCUUUCUGCGAUGGACGAGAGCACAGAUCGAUUUGAGAAAAUGGUACCUGCUUCAUCCACUUCAUCCACAUUCGAGGUCAACGUGCGCAGAGCCUACCUGUUCAAAGUCGCUGCGGCCACGAUGAAAGGCAUCGGUCCCUACUCACCUGUGCUGACCAUCAAUCCAGAUCCUGCAGCUCUCGUUGGACCUCCAACCAAUGUUCGUGUGGAAGCUACAAGUAAUUCUACAGCAGUGGUACAAUGGGAUUUCGAAUCUCAGAAGGCUGACUCAUUCGUCGUCAAGUACAUGCACGAGCCUGGGAAUCGAAUGGACACAGAAAAGUGGAAGCAGUUGCCAGUGUUGAGCAUCGACAAGGAAAAUCCAAAACGAUUUGCGAUUGUAUCGGAUUUGAAUGCGCAUAAGCCAUAUGCAUUCUGUGUUCUGGCCGUCAAAAACAAUCGCCAAGGACCAUGCUCCGACCCACCAACUGUGCUAGAAAGCGUUACGCCCACGUAUAUGGUUCAAAACUUGAGAGUUCGAUGGAAGACAAGUGGUUCGGUGCAGCUGACGUGGGAUUACAACGGACCAAGGAAUGUGGGAUUCUAUGUGAAUCACACUGGAAAGAAGGACUACAUGAACCACGAACUUCUAGAGAAAACCAUGUCUACACCUGGCUUUGGACAUGAUCUGGACGAAAAGACCCGAGAAUAUUUGUGGACCAAUUUAAGACCGCACAUGAUGUAUACAAUCCACGUUGGUGUGCGGACUCUUCCACCAGGUGCUCGCAAGUAUUGGCCUCAGGAAGUGGUGACAGUGACCGAUCCAACAGGACCACCAUUUGUAGAUGUACCUCAAUUGAUUGAGUCGUCUGGAACUCAACCAGGUCAACAUAUGAUUCGAUUGACGCCGGCUACUGAGGAAUACGGACCGAUCUCCCACUACUGGAUCAUCGUGGUUCCAGCCAACUAUAGUACGGAAGACGUUGUGAAUCUGGAUUCGAUUGAUCUGGAAAAGUCUACAGCUGAGAAGCGUGCUCAACUAGCCCGAUCGUUGAGUGUAUCUCCUUCGAAGAAGCUGAAAAGAAGAGCCGAGUUCAGUGAAGACAGAUCACACCCAAAAGAGAAAAGAGCGCGCCGAGCAACGGUUCCAGGAGCAUAUGUGACAGCAAGAUUGAGUGCUGACCGUGUGAGACAAUUCUAUCGGAACAACCAGCCAUUUGUCGUUGGAGACUCUAAGUUGUAUGAUGGGUUCACCAACUAUCCACUCGAGCACAACAGUCACUAUCGUCUCAUGAUGCGAGCGUUUGCGAAAAACGACGUGCGAGCCAAGGACAGUUUCGAGCAAAGAGCACCAAUGAGCGAGAAACUGUCUCGCAUGUAUUCGGAUUCUCUUCUCACUGAACCAUUCACUAUCAAGUCAGCUCUUCGUGGAGCAUCCCAAAAGUCUUCACCAUGGGUUGGGGCUUGUAUCGCUCUAUUCAUUCUCCUUUCCAUCGUUGGAAUGCUGGUGUGUUGGUGGCUCCGAUGUAACAAGAAAUCAGCUGGAAGACAUCCAAGACAUGGAUCCAUCACAAAGGUCGCACUCACUGGAAACAUCAUGAAUGGAGGCGGAAUGCCCGGAGAGACCAGCAAACUCCUAUCCACAUCUAAUGAAUACGGACGACAGAUUAUGAAUCCUUACGAACAAAUGAACGGAAAUCAUCAUAUGGAAUCAUCGCUAGAUCUCUAUCCACUGCCAAGAAGUCACUCCCGAACCAACGGAUACGCACCUGUUCCAGUCCCCCUUCCAUCUUUGCCUAAUAAUGGAAACAACAUGACAACGGUAGCGCAUCCAGCAGUUCCGAUUGCUGAGCUGGCCAAUCAUAUCGAGAGACUCAGGAUGAAUAACAAUAUUGGUUUUCAAACAGAAUUUGAAUCUAUUGAGACUGGACAACAUUUCACUUGGGAACACUCUUCCGCCGAGAUGAACAAGCACAAGAAUCGGUAUGCUAAUGUGGCAGCGUACGAUCAUACUCGAGUUGUGCUUUCGAAUGUUGAAGGAUAUCCAGGAAUGGAUUACAUAAAUGCAAACUACGUGGAUGGAUACGACAAACCAAGAAGCUACAUUGCCACUCAGGGACCACUUCAAGAGACGUUCGCUGACUUCUGGAGAAUGGUAUGGGAAGAACAGUCUGUGACAAUUGUGAUGCUUACAAAUCUGGAAGAACGAAGCAGAGUGAAAUGUGAUCAAUAUUGGCCAAGCCGUGGAACUUCAUCUUAUGGAGAUAUCGAAGUAACUCUUCUAGAAAGCGUUCAUUUGGCCCAUUACACAAUGAGAACUAUGCGGUUGAAGAUGAUCGGAGAGCCAGAAGUUAGGGAGAUCAAACACCUUCAGUACACUGCCUGGCCAGAUCACGGAGUUCCAGACCAUCCUACUCCAUUCUUGAUUUUCUUGAAGCGAGUGAAAACGUUGAAUCCACACGAUGCUGGACCGAUUAUCUCUCACUGUAGUGCCGGAAUUGGAAGAACUGGAGCUUUCAUUGUGAUUGAUUGUAUGUUGGAACGGUUACGGUACGAAAAUACUGUCGACAUCUAUGGUUGUGUGACUUCAUUACGAUCACAAAGAAGUUAUAUGGUUCAAACCGAAGAGCAGUACAUCUUCAUCCAUGACGCCGUACUUGAUGCAGUGAAUAGUGGAUCAACAGAAGUACCAGCUAGUCGAUUACAUCAACAUGUGCAGGCUCUGAUGCAACCAUCAGCUGAUCAAAUGUCCGGAAUCGAUAUGGAAUUCAGACAUUUGACCACUUUGAAAUGGACAAGUAAUCGGUGUACUGUUGCGAAUCUGCCAGCCAAUCGUGGAAAGAAUAGAAUGUUGAGUGCAGUGCCUUACGAUUCCAAUCGAGUAAUCAUGCACAUGAUCAGUGGGAUCGACGGAUCGGAUUACAUCAACGCCUCUUGGAUUGACGGAUACAAAGAGCGAGGAGCCUACAUUGCCACACAGGCACCGACCAAUGAAACCGCAAGGGACUUUUGGCGACUGAUUUGGGAGCACAAUUGUCCAAUUAUCGCCAUGCUAGUUCAAACGAGAGAACGAGGUCAAGACCUGUGUAGUGACUACUGGCCACUAGAAACCGGAGUUCAAGUUGGCAAUUUGGUGGUUGAGCCAAUGGCCGAGUACGAUAUGAAGUACUAUCAUCUUCGAGAAUUCAGGCUUUGUGAUAUUCAUACCAACGAAACGAGGACAGUUAGACAAUUCCAGUUUAUGGAGUGGCCAGAAGUUGGUAAACCACAUAAGGCUGAUCACUUCCUCGAUUUUGUCACACAAGUGCACAACACGUAUGCUCAAUUCGGAUGUACAGGUCCAAUUACUGUUCACUGUUGCUCUGGAGCAGGACGUACUGCCGUAUUCAUUGCCCUUUCGAUCAUUCUGGAUAGGAUGCGAGCGGAGCAUGUUGUCGAUGUAUUCACAACGGUCAAACUGUUGCGAACAGAACGACAAAAUAUGAUUCAAGAACCUGACCAAUACCACUUCCUGUAUCAGGCGGCAUACGAAUAUCUGGCUGCAUAUGAUAACUUCUCUUAG